UAUAAAAGAUAACGUGACAUUUUCAUUUCUUUAUCUCUCGAUAGACUGGAAAUGUUAAGUUAAUUUAUUGAUACAAACAUUUAUUUUAGAUCUAAACUAUGAUUGGAUUUCUAAUUUGCUUUGUUGGAUUGAACCUAACCAGUCUUCAAUAAGGGCUUAUUAUCUGAAAACCGGAAGUGUCUCAACAGUUUACUCCAACCUUCAGCAACCCAUAUCACUCACGGUUGACGCAAUGAAUGGAGCAAUAUUCUGGAUCUCAUCUACGACAUCCUCUAUAAUACGAGGAAGCUGGGACAGAAAUCCUCCAAAAACCCUUAUAUCUGACUUGGAUGAUCCGAUGUUCCUUAAAUAUGACAUUACAAGUCAAAGGAUAUUUUGGCUGGAGAGUAGUGUACUCGUAAAAAGUUCACAGCCCAGUGGCUCAGACAUUAAAAGUCAUAUCAUAGCCUCCCGUGCAACAGAUCUCUUUAUUUACAAGGAUUUCAUUGGCUGGCUAAGUGGAGAGGAAAUUCACUUUUCAAGCAAAACAUCUUCUGCAUCAGAGGUUUAUUUCAAUAUAUUUCCAAACCCAGUGCAGGUUAAAGCAUUUGAUCCAAUUCUGCAAGAUGAUUUAAAAGGCACUUGUCAAAUUCUCAAUGGAAGAUGUGGUGAUAUUUGUAUUCCUACAGAAAACAAAAGUAAAUGUGAAUGCGACAUUGGCUUACAACUCCAAGCAGAUCAAAGGUCAUGUGAUAGUAAUUUUCUGAAUUCAGAUUUUAUAAUUGCAUCUGAUUUCACCCACGGACGAAUACUACAGAUCAAUUUUCAUACAGGAGAAAUUGUUAAACUACCAAUUAAUGUUCAACCCACCUCAGGAAUUACUUUAGAUAAAACGACAAAGGAGAUAAUUUAUUUCAAUUCAGAAUCGAGAACAGUACAAGUAUUUACACUUCAAGGAAAGAUGGCAACCUUGACAACUCUUACAGAUCAGUGA